CCAUACAUCCAUCCGUGCACUUAUCUAUCCAUCCACCCGUUCAUCCAUCCAUCUACUCACCCUCACAACCAUCCAUCCAUCCAUCCACCCAUCCACCCAUCCACUCAUCCACCCAUCCACCCAUCCAUCCACCCAUCCACCCAUCCACCCAUCCACUCAUCCACCCAUCCAUCCAUCCACCCAUCCACCCAUCCACUCAUCCACCCAUCCACCCAUCCAUCCAUCCAUCCAUCCACCCAUCCACCCAUCCACCCAUCCAUCCAUCCACCCAUCCAACCAUCUACCCAUCCACCCAUCCACCCAUCCACCCAUCCAUCCAUCCACCCAUCCACCCAUCCAACCAUCCAUCCAUCCACCCAUCCACCCACCCAUCCACCCAUACAACUACCCACCCAUCCGUAUGUCCAUCCAUCCAUCCAUCCAUAUAUAUAUACAGAUACACACUCACCCAUAUAUCCAUCCAUCCAUGGGCCAUUUAUCUAUACAGUCAUCUAUCCAUCCAUCCAUCCAUGUAUCCAUCAUCCACUCACCCAUCCAUUCAUCUAG